AUGGAGUAUCUUAAUCAAAUUCUGACAAGUUAUUUAAAAAGGAAGUUCUUAUUACAUAAAAAAGAAUUUGGGUCAAGUCAGGAAGGAACAAUACCAUUAUUUUUGUCAUCAUCCAUUUUGUUUCCAAAAUGUCAACUAGAAAGUUUUAAAAGAUUGGUUAACCAACAUCUUCAUGCUGCUGUUGGCAUCAAUUUUUGCAUUCAGGCCAAAUUAUUAGUGACACAUCUUAAUAAAUUAUUCAAGGUGCGCGUCUGGGUGCAAUUUAACUUCCAAUGUCAUGAAGGACUUUUGAGCUGUCAGCUGGAACGAAACAAAAAGAAAUUCAUAAAAUUGGGAUAUCGAACCGAGAGAAUUGUAAAUAAUGUAGACAACUCCACAGUGGAUGAUGUUAGCUUGCCCUUAUCUAAUUCUCCUUCAUUAGCUAAUAGUCAUGUGGCAGUGAUGGAGAUUGCACCACAAUCAGAAGUGCAGAUCGCUUUGUUACGGCCUCCAAUUCAGUCAUCCACGACAUGUGACUUCUUUCUGGAUUAUUCACUUUUAGCUUCCAGUUGA